GCCACUUCUUGUCUUUUUCCUCCGACGUCUCUCGGAUCUAGAGUUGCGAAUUCCUUGACUUUGACGAUGGACCAGCUCACUUCAUCUCUUGCCCCUCCUCGUACGCCUCAGAAAUCUACCGUCGCAGGAACUCCGGGAGAGAGCGCUGGUAGCGUGACAAAACGUUUGAGCAGUGAACUUAUGACUCUAAUGAUGUCCUCGUCGCCUGGCAUUUCUGCAUUCCCUAAAUCUGAUGCUAAUCUGUUCGAAUGGGCCGGUACCAUUGAGGGCGCAGCAGGAACGGUCUACUCUGGUCUCACAUUCAAGAUCUCUAUCUCCUUCCCUCCAAGUUACCCAUACGCUGCACCGACCAUUAAAUUCGAUACGCCUUGCUUCCACCCUAACGUUGACAUCAAUGGCGGCUCCAUCUGUCUAGACAUCUUGCAGGACAAAUGGUCGGCGGUCUACAGCGUGCAAACGAUCCUGCUGUCGCUUCAAUCGCUUCUUGGAGAGCCGAACAAUGCCUCACCUCUGAACCCAGAUGCCGCCAACUUGUGGGACAAGCCAGAAGAAUUCAAGGCGCAGCUCAUGAGAACCUACCGGCCCAUCAACGACGACCCUAUUGCAUGAACCUACCAUUGUAUUCGCAGCUCGCCAUC